AUCACAACAAUAAACAAUAGGGUUAGAGUAGCAGCAGCAAGAGAGAAGCAAGAGUGUGUUCAGAGAGUGAGGAAGAAACCAUGGAGACUCCAACUCCUCCAUCUCAACAAGGCGUGGUGAAGAAGAAGGAAACCAGAGGCCGAAAGCCAAAGCCAAAGGAUGACAAGAAAGAUGAGCAUCAGAAAACCCCCAAGGAGACCAAGAAAGCUCAGCAACAACAGCACCAUCAUCAGCAGCAACAGCAACAGCAACAAUCUUCUGUGGAUGAGAAGUACACACAAUGGAAGUCUCUUGUUCCUGUCCUCUAUGACUGGCUCGCCAACCACAACCUCGUUUGGCCCUCUCUCUCUUGCCGAUGGGGUCCUCAGCUGGAGCAAGCUACCUACAAAAAUCGCCAAAGGCUCUACCUUUCUGAGCAGACUGAUGGUAGCGUUCCGAAUACUCUGGUGAUUGCGAAUUGUGAGGUUGUUAAGCCUAGGGUUGCAGCUGCUGAGCACAUUUCUCAGUUUAAUGAGGAGGCGCGCUCCCCAUUUGUGAAGAAGUACAAGACCAUCAUACAUCCUGGCGAGGUGAACAGAAUUCGGGAACUGCCGCAGAGUUCUAGGAUAGUAGCCACUCAUACUGACAGUCCUGAUGUCCUUAUUUGGGAUGUUGAAAGUCAGCCUAACCGCCAUGCAGUCCUUGGAGCUACAAACUCUCGUCCGGAUUUGAUUUUAACUGGACAUAUAGAUAAUGCAGAAUUUGCUCUUGCGAUGUGCCCAACUGAGCCCUAUGUGCUUUCUGGAGGAAAGGAUAAAACAGUAGUGUUGUGGAGUAUUGAAGACCAUGUAACAUCUGCCUCAGACUCCAAAUCUGCUGGGUCAAUUAUCAAAGGCGAAGGUUACGACAAGACUGCUGAUGGCCCUUCUGUUGGACCACGAGGUAUCUACCGUGGGCAUGAAGAUACUGUUGAAGAUGUGACUUUUUGUCCUUCUAGUGCACAGGAGUUUUGUAGUGUUGGAGAUGAUUCCUGUCUCAUCUUAUGGGAUGCACGUGUUGGUUGUAGUCCUGUGGUGAAGGUUGAAAAAGCUCAUGAUGCUGAUCUUCACUGUGUUGACUGGAAUCCCCAUGAUGAUAAUCUGAUUCUUACUGGAUCGGCAGAUAAUUCUGUUCGUAUGUUUGAUCGCCGCAAUCUCACCUCUAAUGGAGUUGGGGCACCUAUUCAUAAAUUUGAGGGUCACAAAGCUGCUGUUCUCUGUGUUCAGUGGUCUCCAGACAAAGCAUCUGUAUUUGGAAGUUCAGCAGAAGAUGGUCUCUUAAACAUCUGGGACUAUGAGAAGGUUGGUAAAAAGAUCGAGCGAGCAGGAAAAUCAAUAAAUACUCCUCCAGGGUUGUUUUUCCAACAUGCUGGUCAUAGAGACAAAGUAGUUGACUUCCACUGGAAUGCAUAUGAUCCAUGGACGAUUGUCAGUGUGUCUGAUGACUGUGAAAGUACUGGUGGAGGGGGAACAUUGCAGAUAUGGCGCAUGAGUGACCUGAUCUACAGGCCAGAGGAGGAGGUUUUGGCAGAGCUUGAGAAAUUUAAAGCUCAUGUGGUGGCGUGUGCUUCAAAGUCUGAAAAAUGAUAUACUUCAUGUGCAAAUGAGUUAGAUUAUUUUGUGGUGUUGUAUGAUUUCAAUCAUACUUUGGAUGUUUCUUAGCUUUUUAAACCACCCACGCGUGGGAAUGUUAGAGAGUUGGGAAUAUUGGAUUGCAGCAUAGAAUUUGCGGAGGUUUAUGUCCCUCAAAAUUAUUAUACCGUUGACUCUUUUAA